AUGUCUCCUGCCGUAAAGAACAUCACCGCUGAGCCCAACUUGGACAUCAGCUUCCAGGACUCCCUCAUCCUGUCGAAGCUCGUUUUCGACUGGGCGGACAGCUAUGAUGCAAAGGACUGGGACCGCCUCCGCAGCAUCAUUGCCCCAACUCUGACGGUCGACUACACCAAGAUCGGUCUGAAAAGAUGGGACAACAUGGCCGCUGACGACUACAUGGCCAUGAUCACCCACCCCGGCUUCCUGGGUGACAAAACCAUCAAGACCCAGCAUUUGCUUGGUCAGACAUGGUGGGAGAAGAUCUCCGAUACCGAGGUUAUCGGUCACCACCAGCUCCGUGCGGCGCACCAGGUCUACGAGACUGAAGCCUUGGAGACAGUCAAACUGCGUGGUCACUCUCAUGCUACCAAUGAGCACUACUAUCUCAAGAUCGAUGGUAUCUGGAAAUUUGCUGGGUUGAAGCCGAAUGUGCGCUUUGAUGAGUUGCGCUUCAAUGAGGUUUUCAAGGGACUUGACUAG